UCCCCUCUCAUACUGUCACACGUUCAGAGAGCUCACACUCACUCAGCGAUACGCUCAUUUAGAUCAGUGCUAACUUCCACAGUCUGGGUCAGAGCUUUAUUGCUACAGGUUACCCCUUUCUGCCUCUAGUUGACGGGACUGAAACUCUGGGCCUGUGCUUGGGCCUGCUUCCUGAAUCCCUCUUGGAACAGUCUUCCUCCUUUUCUUGAACCUCAGUUGAGAACCCAACAGGUGGGAUAGACUCCCUAGCUGACCCGCCAUGUUUCUGGUUCUUGUGGUGACGGCGGAACUGAGAGAGUUCUUGGUCAGGGCAAGAGGUGGAGCGGUGCGUCUUAUCCAGGUGCGGAUCCAAGAUGAGCAGCUGGUUCUGGGGACAUACAGAGAGCCGUCACAGAGCUGGGACCAGGACUAUGACCACUUCCUGCUUCCUCUCUUGGAUGACCAAGAGCCCUGCUACAUCAUGUAUCGCCUCGACUCCCAGAAUGCACAGGGCUAUGAGUGGAUCUUCAUCUCAUGGUCUCCAGACCAGUCCCCAGUGAGACAGAAGAUGCUGUAUGCUGCCACCCGAGCCACAGUGAAGAAAGAGUUCGGGGGCGGUCAUGUUAAAGAUGAGAUGUUUGGCACUGUUGAGGAGGACAUCUGCCUGCAGGGCUACCAGCGCCACGUGACCUCCUGCUCUGGGCCUGCACCACUCACAGUAGCAGAGCAGGAGCUCCAGCGAAUCAAAAUCACAGAGGGCCGUGUGAAGCAGGUGAAAACAGAGAUCACUGUGGAGAGCAUGCACCAGACAAUGCAGGGCCUUUCUUUUCCCUUGCAGGAGGAGGCCAAAAAAGCUCUUCAGCAACUUGCCCAAAAAUGCAUCAACUACAUACAGCUGAGGUUGGACACAGAGAAGGAGACAAUUGAGCUGGUCCACUAUAACCCCACAGAAACACGUGAUCUUCCCUGCAGGGUUCCGACUGACACACCUAGAUACCACUUCUUCCUCUAUAAACACUCCCACGAAGGAGACCAUCUUGAGUCUGUUGUGUUCAUAUACUCCAUGCCAGGCUACAGCUGUAGCAUUAAGGAGCGGAUGUUGUACUCCAGCUGUAAAAGUCGACUGCUGGAAGAGGUAGAAAAGGAUUACCACUUGGAGGUCGCUAAAAAGUUGGAGAUUGACAACGGAGAUGAGCUGACAGAGGAAUUCCUGUACGAUGAAGUCCACCCUAAACAGCAUGCUUUUAAGCAAGCCUUUGCCAAGCCCCGUGGCCCGGCAGGCAAAAGAGGGAAUAAACGCCUGAUCAAAGGAGCUGGGGAAAGCAGACUGGAGAGCUAGAAAUUGUAUUUUCUAGUCAUAUCCAUGUCUUCUCCUUUCUCCUCCUUGAAUGAUUCUGCUCUCCUAGUUCCCACAGGCAGCAGUGGAAAACCAGCAGUGGCUUUGUCUUGUCCUUUGUAUUUCAACAUAAUGUCAUUUUUGUUUUAAAGUUGAAAAAAAUUGUUUGGGACAUAAUAUUUCAAUAUCUGAGUAAGACUAGUUUACCAUUACAAAUGUAUCAGACGUUCUAACACUAUUGUCCAUGUUUUCAUUGCCAGAAGUCUAGUAUGUAAACAAAAUAUAUUGCGUAGAAAGGAUGUAAAUUAAUGAAUGCUCAUUCCUGCAGUAUUCCUUCAGUAUUACUAGUUCAGAGUGUAACAAAACGAUUUUUUGAUGGCCUUUAGGGUAUGCAGAAAUGGAUGACAUCAACUUUACAGAAUGUGAUGUUGUAUUUUAUUUAUAAAUUGGUGGGUUUAGAUUCCCCAGACAAACAACAGAAAUUAAAGUAAAUAUUGAUACCUGUAUGCGAGAGACAAAAAACAAUUGUGAGAUAACGGGGUUGUUGUCUCUGUAAUGUGUAAUUGAUCUUUUAGGAUGUUGUAUGGUACUUCUAUUCAUGAUAGUCAGUAUAUUUACUGCUAUGCCACAUACAUUACAUUAGAUAUGUGAUUCUCUCCUUCCAUGUAUGUCUAGCAUCUCCUCAAUAUUUGUAUAAAAUACAAGUGAUACUUAUCAGGAAAGGAAUUCCAAAUAAACUU